AUGCUAAAAAAGAAACCAUCAACAACUACUGAAGGUCCUCAACAUCUGGAAAAAGGAUUGAUUGUUGGUAAACGUUGGAGGAUUAUCGAUAAGUUAGGCGAAGGUGGCUGCGGUGCGGUUUAUAAAGUGGAAGAUAUCCAAACGUUUGCUAAAGCAGCAUUGAAAGCUGAAUCAAAUUUUGUUGAAGGUGGUAGUGUUCUGAAAUUGGAAGUACAGAUACUCAGGCGUUUAGAAGGUCGUAAAUAUGUGGUGCAAUUAUUUCAAUCUGCUAAGAAGGAAACAUAUUCGUAUAUGGUGAUGACACUUCUAGGACGCUCGCUUAAUCAGUUAUUUAAACAAUAUCCUAUAUGUACCGUUUCGACACAAGUUCGAGUUGGAAUUAAUAUUUUACACGGUUUAAAACAAUUGCAUGAAGUUGGUUACAUACACCGAGAUGUUAAACCGGCUAAUCUUGCUAUUGGUCGAAGAGGUCAAGCUAUUCAUAUUAUUCAUAUUCUUGACUUUGGCUUAUCACGAGAAUAUGUAAUACGAAAUAAUGGCAGUGUUAAAUUACGAAUGCCUAGAACAAAUACUUUGUUUCGCGGUACGAUAAGGUAUUGCUCAGCUAACACUCAUACACGUAACGAACAAGGCCGACCAGAUGAUCUAUGGUCGAUGGUGUAUGUUUUGGUGGAAAUGCGAGGUCCGUUGCCGUGGGAUAAUAUUCGUGGUAAAGAUGAAAUUGGUAAAGCAAAAUUUCAGACACUCGAUACGACAUUGUGCAGUAAUAGUCCCAAAGAACUUCUUGAUAUUACAACACACCUUCGGACAUUGGAUUAUUACACUCGUCCCAAUUAUUCCUACAUUUAUGAAAGAUUGUACAAAGUGAUGCAAAACUGUAAUUACAAAUUCAGCGACCCGUAUGACUGGGAAGCACCUAAAACAACUACUGCAAGUUCAUUCAGGAAAGGUUUAACAUAUGUAAGCCGAUCGCUGUCACGAAUACGUCACUAUAAACCAUCAUCAGUCGAUAUAAUCAGCGAAUCAAAAAGUUCAAGGAAUGGAAUAGCUUCAGUGGCCGCCUCAGAAGUAGUAAGCGAGGAUCUUUUCACGCCAGCAGAUUUUGAAAGCAAUGAAACCGGAUUUUGA